UUUUUGAAUUUUGGUGAAGUGAGCUCUCAGGAAGAUGAAGAGCUAGUCUGGGGGAUAGGGAGGAGUUCAGAGCUCAAGCUUUUUAACUUUUCACAACUAUCAGAUGCUACGAGUAACUUCUCAGAUGAAAAUAAAUUGGGGCAAGGUGGCUUUGGACCAGUAUACAAGGUAAAAGAACACAUUUAUCCAUGUACACAAAGAGAACAAAAAUCGAACCUAGUCUAUGAAACUAAAAAGGCUUUAUUGGAAUGGAACAAAAGAAAAGCGAUUAUCGAAGGGAUAGCACAAGGACUUCUAUAUUUGCAUAAGCACUCUCGGUUACGUGUCAUACAUAGGGAUCUUAAAGCUAGCAACAUACUUUUGGACAGUGAAAUGAAUCCUAAAAUAUCAGAUUUUGGGCUUGCAAAAAUAUUCAGCUCAAAUGAUACUGAAGGGAACACAAAAAGGAUUGCUGGGACAUAG